AUGAAGUUUAUUGUUGUAACAGCUGUGGUCGUCGCACUUUGGUGCUCAACAGAGUCCAAAAUAGCCCCAGCUAAGGUUCAGGUGUACAGCCGUUACCCCGGAAAGUUUGGGCAGGCCAACAUCCUGAUGUGUUAUGUGUCCGGGUUCCACCCACCGAACAUCCAGAUCCAGCUGCAGGACGGCGAGGAAAUCCCCAACGCCGUGCAGACCGACCUGUCCUUCAGGGAGGGCUGGUACUUUCAUCUGAUGAAGAAUGUGGCCUUCAGGCCCAUGAAGGACGAGGUGUAUCUAUGCCGGGCCACUCAUCACGGCCUGCCCAAAGACUAUGCCUGGCAAAUAAACAUGUAACUCAGUAUGGACUCGGUUUUGAUGAUAUCACAUCUGUUGACCUCUUUGAUCACAGCCAUCUGAUGAUUUGGGAAUUCUUUUGGUUUAUUUUUUCCCACAUUGACCAUAACAAUCAGUUUUUAUCACACCUUCUGGGGUUAGCAGUGUGUGGAUGCGUUUAUUGAACAUCUCAGUUUUUCUCCGAAUUAUUCUUUACUAUAGGUCUGUUUUUUUAAGCUCUAUGUGUAUUUUAAUUGCAUAUGAAAAUUUUCCUCCUUUUGGGUUACAAGAUUUUAACAUAAAUAGAUUAACUUAAUGUGAGGUACAUGUGUGAAAAAUGAAUGACAGUUAUGGAAAAGUACAAUUAAACUCAAGGUGUCUGUUUUACACAUUAAUCGUCAAUAAAUUCAAAUGGAUGAGAAACGGUUUGUUAAAUUAUGCAUCAUAUUAAGUGUAUUAGUUUGCUUUUCUUAAAACUUGAAUCCAAAUGGAUAGAAAACUUAAAUGUAAUCAAAAUGCAUACAGCUUAAA